AGGGCGGUUACUAUGACGACCACAGACGCUACCUGGGCGCGUCCGCCAGGAAGCAUGAACACCGUUGGAGUGUGGGCAGGACCGAGCCGAGUGGAUGGCAUGCAGGUGGUUGGAGAGAGUGUGGUGUGGGCAGCCUGUGAGGGGCUCGUUACCACACCGAUCCUCACCAUCCAUCACUCCACCACCACCACCACCACAAUAGCAGGGCAAGGGUUGGCAGUGGACGGAGGUCAGGAUAGGGUGGAUGGAAAACACCCUGUCACUCAGUACAUCCACACUCCACCCUUCAGCAGACUAGAUGCCUUUGAGGUGAGUCGAUGUGGUCGUCACCUGGUGUUGGCUGGGCGGGCAGCAGGUGGGGAAGGUGUGCUGGUGUGGCAGGGAUGGCCCCUCAAGACCUCAGCUCCUGUACAUGUCAUCCUGAAAGGCCACAUUGUGCAUCAUAUGGAAUUCAAUAAUGAAGGUAACCAUCUAGGUGUGCUGUCAACCACUGCCACCUCCUCCACCACCAUGCAGGAAGAAAGAGAGACACAGCUGGUACUCUCUGUGUGGAGGUGGCCAGCAAUGAGUGCUGGUGGUUCUGAUGGCUCCUUUGCACAGCCACAGCAGGUUGUGGCAACCAAUUUGGAUCAAGUGAAGGCUGAGCAAGUGACACGGCUUUCUUUAGGGCGUGGGCUGCCAUCUGGGGAAGUGUCAGUCAUGCUAGCAGUGGGGGAGGAGGUGCAGGUUUGGAGGCUGCAAGAGGGCCCACUAGGACCCCAGCUCAUCUCUACCACCAUUGGCUUUGGUCUUUUGGCUCCAGACUCUAUCUUCACUAUGUGGUGCCUCACCCCUGAUGCUUAUGCACUAGGUGUGGGCAGUGGCUGGGUGGUGGUGGGUGUUGGUGGUGAAGUGGUGGCAAGGCUGGGUGGUGGAGCAGCAGGUCCAUGCCACACUGGCCCCCUUACAGACCUCCACCUUCAUGCAUCUCACCUUUACACUAUUGGAGGGGAUGGCUGGCUUAGAGUGUGGGAGGCUGAGAUGGUAGAGGAAGCCGCCCUCAAAACAACACGUGGCAUGAGGGAGGUGGAGGGAUGGUUUGAGGCAGGGAUGAAGACUUCUUGGCUUCAACUUGUCCGUGAGCUUCCUAUCCACAAUGGUCCAGGUUUCCCUAUUACCCUCACCUGUGCACCACUGUCAACCCCAGUCUGGAUUGUACAGACCACCACGGGAGUGAUCUAUGGAGUUUGGGCUGGGGAGUGGUCUGCCCAUGUGCUGCACCAAGGCCCUAGUGAGCGUGUGACAGGUGUGGCUCUGUCUCCCACUUCCAGCCAGCACCACCAACUGCUGGCUGCCACCACUCACCAACACUGCCUCCUUGUUGCCACCUUGCCACAGGCUAACACUGAGGAGAGCCUUGAGGAGGAGGCUGGCACAGUGCAGGUGGUGACAACACUAGCCCAGGCAAGGGUUGAGGGCAUUCCCAGUUGUGUCACUUGGGCCACCUGUCAAGUGACGAAGGAUGAUGAUCUGGUGGUGAUAGGUCAGGAAGAUGGCUCAGUGAAUGUGUUUCUGCUGCACCUGGCACCGAAGACAUUUGAGAAGCGGCUCACUCUCAUUCAGGUGGAACGUCCUCAUGAGUGUAGGAUUCAGCAUAUCAGCACAACUAAGGAAUCUGAGCCAAGAGGAAAAGGAGAAGGGACACCCCCUAUCCUUGUGACCUCAGCAGAUGACUGUCGACUUUUCCUCUUCAAGUUAACAAGAGGUGCAAAGCUGACAAAACUUGAACCUAUUGGCUUUCACCAGCUGAAGUGUAUGCCACAGAGAAUCACUGUUCAAGGGGCAAUGGUGUUGGUGGAGCUCCCUGAUGGCCUGGCUUUUGAGAUCCCUGCUCUUCUCCCAUCAUCCAGCCCUUCAUCCACAUCCACCUCUCAGUUCCCUCUCAGGGCAGCCCCAGACUCAUGGCUCCUGAAGGAGCAUUCACCAGCACCACAGAUGAUGUGGGAGGGUGGCAAGGUUGUCCAUCAGCAGGUGCUAGAGGAGAUGAGCCACACCUGUUGCACCAAAGAUGAACAUCACCCACUCCUUCUCACACUCACAGCCCCUGAUGGAUUGUCCAUGAUUGGAGUGACACCCAGAGGCCAAGUGGUUCACACUCAUAGGAAAGCUGAUGCAAACUAUAGCAUCAGGGUCUCUGCCAAAUCAAAUAAUGGUUGCUCAUGUGACCCAGAAAAGAUGGAUACUUAUAAAAAGACUGUGGGAGCUGCUAACAGCAAAAUUGUGCCUAUGUCAACAAUCAACUCAUGUAAAUGCAAAGAUGAUAAAUUUAAUGAGUUCAGUGGUGAUGAGAAGACAAGUAUAGCAGUAGUGGCCUGUGUGGCUGACAAUGGGGCAUGGGCUGCUGCCUGGGUGGCUGGUGGAGACCUCUUUGUGUACAGGGCCAAAGGAGCCUCCUUUCCCCUUCCACAAUGCACUGAAAGGAAAUUUCGUUUGGUGAGUGUGCGAGGUGUGGGGAGCAGUACCGUGGGCCCCAGCUUGGAGCAGCGCGCACAAAAGGACGCAGGGGAGAAGCGAAGGACAGCUAUGGAGAACAGAGCCACACUUCUUCAGCAAAAACUUUCCAAGUUGAAAUGGGAUUUCCGGAAAGUUACUCUUAGAGCUGAUGAAGUGGAGGAAGGAGCUACUUUGCUGGAGGAGAUCCCUCUUCAUCCUUCUAUCUCUAGCACACUACACAAACACACCACUGACAAUAUGAACAAGGUGGUGUCUGCCAGCAGCCUUGAGCUGGAGCGACUGGAGGUACUGCUCGGCAAGCUGCGCACUCUGUACUCCUGGAAUCCCCUUGUCUCUGUGCCGGCUGUCCAGUUUCUCAGUUCUGGGAAGGUGCUCACAGCUGUUGACCAUUCAGAGGAGGUAUUUGCUCUCCUCAGCAGGUUAGCUCAGAUCUGCCAAGGACGGGAGGUGAUGGAUGGCGGGGCAGCAGGAGACACGGAAACCCCUCAGUCGCUUGUAGUGGUGAAGGUACAAAGCCUGCUGGCUGACUGGUUGAGACAGAUCCGUGCAGGAAACUCAGGGGAUGCUGGCAGAGGUGGCGGCAGUUCCUUGACGUCAGCAGUGAGUGGGGAAGGAGCAGCAGGGGAGCAGGGUGACGCCACCUACCUCACACCCCGUCCAGCCCACCCAUUGGCAAGAAAACCUGCCAGCAGUGAAGGGGACACCAGUGAUGAGGGAGAGGAGCACCACAGUCUGGCUGCUCUAGAGGCCCAGGUUCGGGAAGUGGUGGAUCGUGUGGGAUCUGCAGGGCACCCUGGGGGAAGCGACCACGUGGCUGAGGGUGCCAUAGACCCAGGGAGACAGCUGCAGUGGCGACGCACAGCUCUCAACCGCCUCAAGCAGCACCGGGCAGGCGAGGCAUCCAGGAGCUGCCAGCUGGCAGCGUUUAAGAAGGACCAUGCCAUACCCCAGGAAGACAGCAAAAAAGAAAGGGAAGAGACAGCUGAGGGAGAAAAGCCUGAAAAUGAGAAGGAUGCAGGGCUUGAGGAGGAAGUGGUUGUGCCUCCGCCCAGUGCCACAGUGGAGGAGGUGGAGACACACCUUUGGGCACUGCUGGGAAAGGUAGAAGAGGAGACUCAGAAAACCAGGGAAGUGGUGAAGAAAGCUGCUCUAGCACAGGAAAAGUUACUAGAAACAGUCAACCAGUAUCAAAAAGAGUGGGGCCAUUCCCCUCUCACCUUGCUGCACAUGCCUCACCAUCUACAUACUCAGGUAACAGAUGAUUUGGUGAAUGAGUUUUAUUGUGAUCUUCUGGAUCUGGAAGAAUCAGGGGAUGUGGGGAGUGUAGAGGAGAGUCGCAGGAGGGACACAGGGGGUAGAGGCAGCAGCCAAAGAGCCUCAGUCUCCCCUAGGAGGCAAGGAGGAAGUGAUGGUGGUGGAGGAAGGUGGUCUCCUCCUAUCACAGCAAAGGAUAAGCAUAAGCGGCAUGAUGGGAGGAAGGAAGGUGAAGGGACUGCUGCUGUGCCUCCCCUCAGCCUGAAGGGAUCACCACGCCAAGGAAGAGUCAAAGGUCGGACAUCCAAGACCACCACCACCCGUGCCCCUCGUACUUCGAGGGUGACCACCACUCCCAGCAGGACCACCUCCACCCCCUCUGCCAGGUCCCCCACCACCAAGGCACAGCGCAGUGGUCGGGGCCGCCGUAGUGUGAGGGACAGUACCCCACGUCCACCUCCAGCGCCCCGCCCUCAACUCACGCUGGAGCAGGUGCAGCAGAUUCAGCGCUCCCGCACCUACCAUCUCACCACUCUCAGCCAGGUCCCAGAACCCAUACAGCAGGAGGCACAGGAGGUGGAGGCAAUGUUGGAGAAAUGCCAGAGUGAGGUGGUAGAGGAGCAGGGCCGCCUAGCAUGGGCAGUGCUGAGGGUUGGGCAGCUGGUGCGGGCUAUGAGUAUCAUGGUCAAGUACAGGAAUACAGAGAAGAGACUCCGCCAUGCCCUCAGGGAGAGAAUCAAAGAGCAGCAAGCUAUCAAGGAAAAGGUGUUGGGUCUUAGACAGAGGAUUGCUGAGUAUGAGGAUGAGCUGCAGUGCUUAUCUGGCCUGGAGGAGGAGGUGGACAGGGCCUUCACUCACCUGGCCACUGACAAUGCCCAGUUUGAGGUGCAGCUCACUCGCUACUAUGAGUCCCGCGCUGCACAAGGUGUGCCCCACCAUCGUCCACAGUCAGCUUCCAGCAGUAGCAGCAGCAGCAGUAGUGAAAGGGGUGAAGAUGAAGGCCAGGGAGGUGAUGGCAGUGACAGUGGGGACAGCGACUCUGGCCUGGGAACAGACGAGGCAAGAACAGAUGGAACGGGAGGUGGAGGAGGGGGAGGGGGAGCAGCGGGAGGGCUGCGUCCUCCUGGCUGUGAUCCUGCUGUGUUCUCUGUCGUUACUGUACUGAGAGAGUUGAGGUGGCGGAUCAGCACAGCAGCAGAACGAGGGCGGCGGGAGAAGGCAGUGGAGGAGCGGCGCCAUGCAGCCGUCAUGAGGCGCCUGCACCGGGCUGCCUAUGCCUCCCACACUGCCCUCUCCUCCCUUAACUCUCUACAAAAUGAGCGUGAGGAUCAUCUGGGAUCCAUUCCCUGUGUGGUAUGGCUGAGGCAAAGUGAGACUGCAGGUGACCUGACUCAUCUUACCCGCUUGCCUGUCCCCAAUACAGACUUGGACAGUAUGAUGGCUGUCAAAUGGUAUGGCAAUGGCAACCAGAACAGCAGUACAUGCACAGUAGCAGGCACUGACGACUGCAUGCUGUUGACAAAGAAGUACCUGGACCACCUCAAUGAAAGGGUUGCUCAAGCCAAGAUUGCACAGGAGCUGGCAGCACGCAGGCAUAGGGAGGGUCGGGCUGAACGCCGUGCCCUCACUCAGCAGGUAGAACAGCUAAGGAAGGAGCUGGCUAAUCUGAGGCACUCCUACCAAAUAACAAAGGAGUGCAAAUUGGGUAAUGGAGCAGAGGUGGAUUUGAUGGACGUUGAAAACAAGUUAGAUGCCAGUCUGGACCUGCGAUGGUCCAGCAAAGUGGCCAGCCAGGUGGCACGACACGACUCUACCAUGAUGCAGCUCCAGACAGACACAGCCAGCCAGACCAGAGAACUGCGAGCACUGCAGAAGGAAGAAGCAGCCCUGGCAGCUCACAUUCUGGCACUGCGUCAGGAGAGAGACCACCUGCACUACCACCUGAAGCAGACCACCUCUAAGAGGCACACUGUUUCCAGGCCUGUGAGGGGCGUAGGGAAAGCAGAGGAGGUGCAGCAGCUGAAGGCUACCGUGGCACGCCAGGAUGAAACUAUUGCAGCACUCAGACUGGAAAUCAAUUCCCUUCGUGACAAGACAGGAACAGUGACUCUACCUGGACUGCCUCCUCUACCCAAACAUAGCCCCUCCCCAUCUCCUCCAGCCCACUCCACCUCCAGCUGGACUGAGGAGCAACAAUCUACAAAGACAACAGACAGAGACUCCCUCCCUCAAACUUUCAGGCAAGAUGAGUACUCCGGCAGGGACAGUAGUGAUGGGGUAAUGCCAGGAACACCAGGUAGCAGUGACGACAAUGCUGACAUUUCAUCAUCAUCAGAUUCCUGAAUUGACAUAAUGUAGUGUAGUGUUGGUAGUUUAUCUUACACCCUUUAACGAAAGGGGAAAGUAUACAGACCAAACUUAUUAACCUAAAUUUAUUGAAAUAACAAAAAAUAUAUGAAAAUAAUGGUACAUUUAACAUUUUGAGGCAAUCUGGUCAGCUAAAUAAAUACCAAAUAUAAGUUAAAGUGAGCUCUUUGGAUUGCACUUAUGUUGUUGUCCUUUAGGUAUACAGAGGCUUUUCAAUCCCUCUGCAGUAUUCAGAGUGCAGCCCACCUUCAAGUAAAAGUAAUUGAUCCAGGCACACUUCCAGUUUUCAGAAACAAUGACCCUGUUUUGCUUUGAGACAAAUAUUUUUCUCUUUUUACAGAAUAUUUGUGCUGCAGAAAUUAAAUCAAAUGGACUUUUGCAUCAAAAUUUGGUAUCUUACUUUGAAGUCCCAUUUUCCUUGCCAUGAUGCUUUCUAAUACAUAUUUUUAGUGUGUUUCAUUGUAGUUUUCUUUGUUUCACUGAUUCCUAUGUUCUUGGAAAAGCCAGUGAAAUAAUAGAGAGGACAGUUAUGGCCCUGUUGGAAAUAUGACACUGGUGCUGAUGGCUUGAGACACUCCAAGCAAUAGCAAGAACAACCAUAGGAGUUGAAUUUACACACACACACACAUAUAUAUAUAUAUAUAUAUAUAUAUAUAUAUAUAUAUAUAUAUAUAUAU